AUGUCGACCGCACCUACGCUCUCGCUGCAAAAGACCACGGUUGCCCUUGUGCAGCUUGGCUCCACCUCGUUCGACAAGGCCUUCAACCUCAAGCGUGCCCGCGAUGCUGUCCUUCGCGCCGCAUCCACGCGGCCGGGCGCCGCCUCGCCCUCCUCUUCUUCCUCGGCUGCCUCCUCGAUCUCGGCACCCGUAGGCAUGGUAGUGCUUCCCGAAUGCUUCAACUCUCCCUACGGUGUCAAGUACUUUGCCGAGUACGCUGAGUCGUUCGGCGGAGCCUAUCAGAAGAUCAAAAAGCCGCUUCCUUCCGCACUUCCACGCAUGGGUAAGGGCAAGGAGGAGAUUCGCUGGACCAUCGAUGCAUCCACAGAUCCCAGCGCGGAAUCCAAGCUGGCCCGCGAAAAGGGUGUCGGAAAACCUGUCGAGAUCGAUGAUCGCAUCCAAAAGCUGUCUCCCAGUCUCAAGAUGCUCUCGGAAACUGCCAAGGAGGCUAACGUCGUGUUGGUCGGUGGAAGCGUCCCCGAGAGAGACGAUCUCACCGGCAACGUCUACAACUCUUCCUGCGUUUUCAACGAAAAGGGUCAGCUCAUCAGCAUUCAUCGCAAGCUUCACCUUUUCGACAUCGACAUUCCUGGGAAAAUGACCUUCCAGGAGAGCGAGACGUUGGCAGGAGGUGAUCGUGUCACACUAUUCGAUUGCAGUCUUGGUCGAUUUGGUCUGGGAAUCUGCUACGAUUUGCGCUUUCCCGAACCAGCCAUGAUCGCAGGUCGUCUCGGAGCUGGAUGCAUCAUCUACCCUGGUGCCUUCAACACCACCACUGGACCGGUCAGCUGGGAGCUGUUGCUCCGUGCUCGUGCCACCGACAACCAGGUCUACACGCUCGGAUGCAGUCCCGCGCGUCCCAGUCAGCAAGCUCUCGACGGUGAUCUGGGCGAAAAGGACGGCUGGCGCGAGGGCGAGAAAGCGUAUCCCGCAUGGGGCCACUCGAGUGUCGUCGGUCCGCUCGGAGACGUCAAAGCCAAGCUGGCAGAAGCUGAGGACACGCUCUUCUUUACCUUGGAUCCGGAAGAGGUUCAACAGACACGCAAGAACAUUCCCAUCAGCACACAGCGCAGAUUUGACGUGUAUCCCGACAUCACUUGCGGUUAG